GUAAGCUUGUGUGCAUAGGCUUGUCGCUCGCUUUUGGAAGAAUUUAGCGUUAUUAUGGUGACUUGUAUGGUGUUCAGAUGUACGAAUCGUUCUGAUUGUGAUGCGAAAUCGAAGGGAAUAACAUUUCACGUAUUUCCUAAAAAUGAAAGUCAGAAAGCUCUGUGGGAGAAUACUGUGAGGAGGAAGAAUUGGCGUGCGUCUAAAUUGAGCACUAUAUGUUCUCAGCAUUUCCGAGAAGAGGACAUAGACCGAACUUCCCUUUCAACAGUAAGGCUCCGAGAAAAUGCUGUACCAUCAGUUUUCCCUACACACCCAAAACAUUUGCAAAAGGGAGACAAGAAGAGAAAGCCACCAUUGCGGAAGGAGAGCUCUUCUUUUCCAUCUUCAGUUUCGGCUGCCGUCAGCAGAGUGCAGGAUGAAGAAGUUCCUGCUCUUGUUCCUGAGUACACUGCAGGACCACCAGAACGUAGUCAGACAUCCUCUGAAAGUGAGGAACUGAAGACGAAGUGUGAACACCUCAUAAGAAAAACUGAUCAGUACAAAAAACAAAUUAAAACUCUUCAGCAGUCUAAGCGACAACUUAAGAAGAAAGUGGCUAACACUUCGGAACGGUGGCAGUUACUAAGCACGGAAAAUAGUGCAGCGACAACUGACAACGACCACGAUUACUUUGCAACUGGAAUUUAUCUCUCUGAAGUGGCAGUCCAUAUUGUAGUAUAUAUAGCUGGAUUUGUGGUGCGUCACUUAGAGAAAACCUUAAAAUGUGAACCAUGUUUAUCCGUAUUGAGAGGGGAUGGUAGCCAUGUUGCUUAUUCUCUCAUUCAUAGAAAGAGUAGUACAGGUAAUUCUAAGGUUCCUUUGAUUGAAAAAUCAGUUUUCCAAAUGUGUGUCUGAGGUGCUUAGUGAAUUCAUAUUCAAGCCAGUGUUUAGGGAGUUAGCAGACCACAUGAAAAAUCAGCAUCCCUUGGACAAUCAUAUGAUACUGCUGAUUAAAGCAAAUGCCACACGAUACCUCCUGACACGGCAAAAACAUGCUGCCAAGAGAAUAAGUGAUGCAUUGCAUCAAAAUAAAAUCAGGACAACCUAUACAAAACUGGUACUCUUUAAAGAUCAAUAACUGAUAUUUGUACACAGAGGUCUAGUGUGUGAGGCAUCUUGUAUAAAGCACACAUUAUAUUGAGGCAAACUGGGAAUGUAACCUUAUUGUAAUUAAUAAAUGAUGCACAUUCUUCCUUUUCCGUUAUGUCUCUGUUGUUAUAACCAGCUACAAAAUGUUUGUGAUGUCUGUAUCUUAAACCUAAUAGUACUAGCAUAUUCAGGGUAUCUAUGAAAAUUUGUUCCUGGUGUGUGAUGGAGUCAGACAAUUAUAAUUUUGUGUGUGUGUAAUACCUUUCAAAUAUAUCUUCCUCAAACCAACAUUUGGAACUACAUUAUAUGUAGUGUUUCCAAGUGAUUGAUACUCCACCAUACCAGUAUGGGAAAUACGGAAGCGUCCGAUCUAACCCGUCGGCUUUGACCCAUGACGUCACAAAUAUAGCGGAAACGACAAUUCCAAUAUGGCGGAUAUAGAAACGUUGCAUACGUAUCACA